GCUGGCAGCUCCGAGCUAGCUAGUAAGCCAGUGAGCGCGCGGAGCCGAGCUAAGAGCGCCCGCCGCGCAGAGUGGCAGUGGUCUGGUGCCGGGAGCGCACUGUACCGAGGGAGGCCCGGAUCUGCACUUCACUUCCCGCGAGCUCUCGUCCCGUUUGCUCACGCUCUGGGGCUCGACGCGUGGGAUCAGAUACCAGACUCCGGGAUGCUGCACUCCAGGUCCCCGAGGCGUGGCACUGUCUCGGUCAUCAGCCGUAGGGAGCAUGCUGUCAGACUGAAGGCUGCUGGGAGGCACCAUGUCUCCCUUAAGGUCGUGCUGGCCAUGAACUGGCUCCUCCUAGUCGACUUCUCGGGGGCCACAUCGGCAGGGGCAGCUGAAUGUCCUGACCAGAACCCUGACCUGCAGCCUUGGAGCCCUGGCCAUGACCGAGACUAUCACGUACACAUCAGUCAGGGCAGGAGUCUACUGCUCACCUCCUCGGCUACCGUCCACUCCAUCACCAUCUCGCAGGGAGGCAAGCUUGUCAUCAAAGACCACCAUGAGCACAUCGAGCUGCGUGCCCGGCACAUUCUGAUUGAGGACGGCGGAGAGCUGCACGCUGGGAGUGCCCUCUGCCCUUUCGAGGGCAAUUUCAGUAUUGUGCUGUAUGGAAGGGCUGAUGAAGGCAUCGAGCCGGACCCUUACUAUGGCCUGAAGUACAUUGGAGUGGGCAGAGGAGGCACUCUCGAGUUGCACGGACAGAAAAAACUCUCCUGGACGUUUCUCAACAAGACCCUGCAUCCUGGAGGCAUGCAGGAGGGAGGAUAUUUUUUUGAAAGGAGCUGGGGUCACCGUGGAGUCAUUGUUCAUGUCAUUGACCCCAAAUCAGGCACAGUCGUCCAUUCUGACCGGUUCGACACCUACAGAUCCAAGAAGGAGAGCGAACGUCUGGUCCAGUAUUUGAAUGCGGUGCCUGACGGCAGGAUCCUUUCUGUCGCAGUGAAUGAUGAAGGCUCGAGGAACCUGGAUGACACAGCCAGGAAGGCAAUGACCAAACUGGGCAGCAAGCACUUCCUACAUCUUGGAUUUAGACACCCUUGGAGCUUCAUCACUGUGAAGGGCAAGCCCUCCUCUUCAGUUGAAGACCACAUCGAAUACCAAGGUCACAAAGGUUCGGCUGCUGCCCGGGUUUUCAAACUCUUCCAGACAGAACAUGGCGAACAUUUCAAUGUUUCUUCAACCAGCGAAUGGGUUCAAGAUGUGGAAUGGACGGAGUGGUUCAACCAUGACAAGGUACCUCAGAGCAAAGGUGGGGAGAAAAUUUCAGAUCUCCGAGCGGCUUACCCAGGAAAAAUCUGCAAUCGACCCAUUGACAUACAGGCCACAACAAUGGACGGAGUUGCCCUCAACACUGAAGUUGUCUACAAAAAUGGCCAAGAUUACAGGUUUGCUUGCUACACCCGGGGCCGAGCCUGCCGCAACUACCGAGUACGAUUCCUAUGUGGAAAACCUGUGAGGCCCAAGCUCACGGUCAGCAUCGACACCAACGUAAACAGCACCAUCCUGAACCUGGUGGACAAUGUGCAGUCCUGGAGGCCUGGAGACACCCUGGUCGUCGCCAGCACUGACUACUCCAUGUACCAGGCAGAAGAGUUCCAGGUUCUCACCUGCAAAGCCUGUGCCUCUACGCAGGUCAGAGUGGCAGGGAAGCCACAGUACCUACACAUUGGGGAGGAGAUUGACGGUGUGGACAUGAGGGCUGAAGUUGGGCUCCUGACUCGGAACAUCGUGGUGAUGGGAGAGAUGGAGGACCAAUGCUACCCCUACAGCAGCCACCUCUGUGACUUCUUCGACUUCGAUACCUUCGGGGGUCACAUCAAGUUUGCCCUGGGGUUUAAAGCCGCCCACUUGGAGGGUGUGGAGCUAAAGUACAUGGGGCAGCAGCUGGUGGGCCAGUACCCAAUUCAUUUCCACCUGGCUGGCGACCUGGAUGAGCGGGGAGGCUAUGACCCACCUACGUACAUCAGGGACCUCUCCAUCCACCACACCUUCUCCCGCUGUGUCACUGUCCACGGCUCCAAUGGUCUGUUGAUCAAGGAUGUGGUGGGCUAUAAUUCCUUGGGCCACUGCUUCUUCACUGAAGAUGGGCCAGAGGAACGCAACACUUUUGACCACUGCCUUGGCCUCCUUGUUAAGUCGGGGACCCUCCUCCCAUCAGAUCGGGACAGCAGGAUGUGCAAAGUGAUCACGGAGGACUCGUACCCAGGGUACAUUCCUAAGCCCAGGCAGGACUGCAAUGCUGUGUCCACCUUCUGGAUGGCAAAUCCCAACAACAACCUGAUUAACUGCGCGGCUGCGGGGUCCGAGGAAACGGGAUUCUGGUUCAUUUUUCACCAUGUGCCAACGGGCCCCUCUGUGGGAAUGUACUCCCCGGGUUAUUCCGAGCACAUUCCACUGGGAAAAUUCCACAACAACCGAGCACAUUCUAACUACAGGGCUGGCAUGAUCAUAGACAAUGGAGUCAAGACGACGGAGGCCUCAGCUAAGGACAAGCGGCCCUUCCUCUCCAUCAUCUCUGCCAGGUACAGCCCUCACCAGGACGCAGACCCCCUGAAGCCCCGGGAGCCGGCCAUCAUCCGCCACUUCACCGCCUACAAGAACCAGGAUCAUGGAGCCUGGCUGCGGGGUGGGGACGUGUGGCUGGACAGCUGCCGGUUUGCUGAUAAUGGCAUCGGCCUGACCCUGGCCAGUGGUGGAACCUUCCCAUACGAUGAUGGCUCCAAGCAGGAGAUAAAGAACAGCUUGUUCGUUGGCGAGAGUGGAAACGUGGGCACAGAAAUGAUGGACAACAGGAUCUGGGGCCCCGGUGGCUUGGACCACAGCGGAAGGACCCUCCCCAUAGGCCAGAAUUUUCCGAUUCGAGGGAUUCAGUUCUACGAUGGUCCCAUCAACAUCCAAAACUGUACUUUCCGCAAGUUCGCGGCCCUCGAGGGCCGGCACACCAGCGCCUUGGCCUUCCGCCUAAACAAUGCCUGGCAAAGCUGCCCCCACAACAAUGUCACCAACAUUGCCUUUGAGGAUGUCCCGAUUACUUCCAGAGUGUUCUUCGGAGAGCCUGGGCCCUGGUUCAACCAGCUGGACAUGGACGGGGACAAGACAUCUGUGUUCCACGAUGUGGAUGGCUCCGUAUCCGAGUACCCUGGCUCCUACCUCACUAAGGAUGACAACUGGCUGGUUCGGCACCCAGACUGCAUCAACGUCCCAGACUGGAGAGGGGCCAUCUGCAGUGGGCGCUAUGCACAGAUGUACAUCCAGGCCUACAAGAGCAGCAACCUGCGCAUGAAGAUCAUCAAGAACGACUUCCCUAGCCACCCCCUCUACCUGGAGGGGGCCCUCACCAGGAGCACCCACUACCAGCAGUACCAGCCCGUCAUUACCCUGCAAAAGGGCUACACCAUCCACUGGGACCAGACAGCCCCAGCUGAGCUUGCUAUCUGGCUCAUCAACUUCAACAAGGGCGACUGGAUCCGAGUGGGUCUCUGCUACCCAAGGGGCACCACCUUUUCCAUCCUUUCAGAUGUUCACAAUCGCCUGCUGAAGCAAACAUCCAAGACCGGGACCUUUGUGAGGACCCUGCAGAUGGACAAGGUGGAGCAGAGCUAUCCCGGCAGGAGCCACUACUACUGGGAUGAGGAUUCUGGGUUGCUCUUCCUGAAGCUAAAAGCCCAGAACGAAAGAGAGAAGUUUGCCUUCUGCUCCAUGAAGGGCUGUGAGCGAAUUAAGAUCAAAGCCCUCAUCCCGAGGAAUGCGGGCAUCAGCGACUGCACAGCCACCGCUUACCCCAGGUUCACCGAGAGGGCCGUGGUGGAUGUGCCGAUGCCCAAGAAGCUCGUUGGAGCUCAGCUGAAGACAAAGGACCACUUCCUGGAAGUCAAGAUGGAAAGUUCCAGGCAGCACUACUUCCACCUUCGGAACGACUUCGCAUACAUCGAAGUGGAUGGCAGGAAGUACCAUUGCUCAGAAGAUGGAAUCCAGGUAGUGGUGAUUGACGGGAACCGAGGUCAUGUGGUGAGCCACGGGAGCUUCAGAAGUGCCAUCCUGCAGGGUAUACCCUGGCAGCUCUUCAACUAUGUAGCAGCUAUCCCUGACAAUUCCAUAGUUCUUAUGGCAUCCAAGGGCAGAUACGUCACCAGAGGCCACUGGACCAGAGUGCUGGAAAAGCUUGGGGCAGACAAAGGUCUCAAGUUGAAAGAAAAAAUGGUGUUUGUCGGCUUCAAAGGCAGCUUCCGACCCACCUGGGUGACUCUGGAGACGGACGAACACAAGGCCAAAAUCUUCCAAGUGGUACCCAUCCCAGUGGUGAGGAAAAAGAAGUUAUAAGGACAGCGGCCACUUGUCAACACCCCAGGCUGGACUCCUACAGCAGCCAGGGACAGAAUGCCUGGGUCCCCUGGUUGUCAGCCCCGCUCGGCUAAGGCACAGAUAUCAAAGACCUCGGUGCUGCCACCUGCCCCCAACUCAAGUCUACCUGCGGCAACCCGGGCAGUGUUGGCUGAUACUACGACCUCUCUUUCUUGGGUGCUUCUCUCCUGCCUGUGCCUCAUCAGGAGAGGCUCGGGGACCAUACAAAGAGACCUGGGUUGUGCUGCCAGCAAACAGCCACUGUGGCAGGAGUCUGACCCCAGAUGGGAGGGGGUCCAGAUGAUGGGACCACUCCCAGAUUUCCACAGCCACUUGCGGACACAUUAAGUGGCGGAUGGAGGGAAGGCCAUCUUUACUCCUUUAAGCGUGGAUAAGGCUUCUUGGGGUUAGGAGCUGGCGUGCAGACAGAGCUGGCCAGAGUGGCAGACUGUGCUGGGGAGGAGAUGGAGUCCUCUGUUCUGAGAGGCUCCCUUUUCAAGACUUCAGCUGGUACAUUGCAGUGGGACUAGGUGGCUCCUGGUGGCCCUUCCUGGGACUGCAGAACUCGACAGUGUUUUGCUCUGUUCACACUACCCAGGAGCAUGGGGGAAGGCUUCUUCUGGGGCGCCGUGGUGCUGGCAGGAAGGAAGGACAGAGAUGGUAGAGAGAGAUGAGGUAGUCUCUGUCGUGGUCCAGAGGUGGAAGGCUUUCCUGCUGCUGCCUGUAGCCUCUGUGUCACGGCAGGUUACCGUGCCUUCCACGGCUGACCCACUUGUGAUAGAGAAGCAGGGUCGGCAGAGGGAAAAGGGCUGAGCUGCGGUGCGCAGAACCUAGUUCACAGUGGUCUCCAGCCAGCCCCCUCUGACUCCGAGAGAGGGCAGAGAGAAGUUCACAGACCUGAGCCUCUACAAUGGGCCUCCAGAGUCUACUCUCCUCCAAGAGCAGAGUAGACAACUCCAGGAUAUCUGAGCAUGCUCACACCACGGUGAACCUGGGGUGUCAGAUCUCCAGAGAGAGCCUUGGGGACUCCUGGAGGACAUCCCAGUCCAGAGCUUUGCGCCUACAUCUGAGGAGAGUAAGACCCGAGAUGGGGAAGAAUCACAUGACCAGACCCAUGAAUCCCGAUCUCAGUAUACACUGCCACAUCAUGGCGCCUCAGCAGCUAGCCCGGGGUGUCCAGUGCUGAAGGAGCUGCCAGAAGGGGGCGUAUCCCGUGCAGCGGGGAGAAGAGGUCAGAAUAGAAUGAUCUUUUGUAAAGGGCUUUUUCCAUCUUGCACCUCAGUGCACACUGCCCGCUCUCCUCCAGGCACUAACCCUGCCAUCUUCUCUUUCUUCAAACUGCCUGCCUCCCUUGGGCAUGGGCUGCUCAUGACUGUGGAACCCUCUUGGUGCUAUCGUAUUCCACGGCGGUGCUGGAAAGCCCAGGGGCUAUCAUCCGGGUAUGCCAAUGCUCUUCUGGUGGGCCAAAUUGGCUUUUCACGGGGAUCUGAGCAUGGUUGGUUCCGGCCCAGGGUCUCUCAGCUAGUGUGCACCCCAUCUGAGCAAAUAGCUCAGAGGAGCAGAAACUAUCCAUGUUUGAUGCUCUUCUGGGGUAUCAGGUAUUCCAUGGGGUUCAUAAAUGGCAUGGGUCCCCUUUCCUUCCCAACCACAAAUUCCUUCAAAGACUUUCUUGGUCCUCUUUGCCCAGCGGUGCCAAGGAGCCUUAUUCCCAGAGCCCACUCCCCAGGCUGAGCCAAAUCCCAGAGGGUCUUUCCCACUGAAGGGACCCAGCGUCUUAAGAGAGGGUUGCUUCAGUGGCCAACAUCAGAGGAAAGACCUCUUCUGGGGAGAUGCGUGGGAGUGGGGAAGGGUAUAAAAGUGACCUCAUCUUUUUCUUGUUGAAGCUUCAUUGAAUUUUCAAUGCGAGGGGCUCACAUUGUGAGCCACUUAAGAUGCGAUCGGUUUCCGGUGGCCGUGAAUGUUGAAUGUCUUUGGCUCGGUUCAUUUCAGCAAAUACCUAUUGGAAAGUUCUCCAGGUUUGUACAUAUGUUGAACAGUGCGGAAUUCUGUACAGAAAGGGUUCUUUCCUAAACCAUCCACCAGAGUCCCUGGUCCAGGCAUUUUCUUGGUAGUAUAAAUGUCUUUCUUGCUUAGAAAGUUGCUUUGUCUCUUGUGUUCAUCAGCAUUGCCACUGAUUUGGGGGCCUUUGAUUGAAAGGCUCCUGAAGGGCUCAUCUUUCUGUUGGCUAAAUAGCUGGUCCUUUCUCUGAAAUUGGAUGUACAGCAUGUUUUGUAUGUAAAUGUUUCUUGUGGGUGUCACCAUGAACAAAGGUCUAUUUUCUAUUUAUUUAUUGUAUAUGUACUUCAGGAGGAGUGAAGAAUCAUCUUAAGUAUUGUGUCAGAGGAUGUCCUUUGGAGCACUGGGAAGGGGUGUGCCCAGAGCUGAGGACAUCAGCUCUGGUUUGGAAAAAUUCUGCUGUACCAUAUGAAACAUACAAAAAAUGUCAUUGUCUUGUC